AUGGCGGCGUACUACCACGGCGGCGCCGGCACGGACAUCCAGGCCAGCACUGACGGCCUGCAGACGCUGUACCUGAUGAACCCGAGCUACGCCGGCUACGCUGACGACGGCGGCGCGUCCACGCCGGGGGCGACUAACAUGAUGCUCCUCAACUCGGCCGUGACCACCAUGACGACGGCGUCCUUCGCGCACCACCACCACCACCAGCAGUCGCCGUCGUCGGCCGCGCAGCAGCAGCAGCACUUCGUCGGCAUCCCGCUCCAGGCGCCGCCGUCGGGCUACAACCUGUGGACCCCGGCCACGGCCGCCGUGGACAUGUCGUCGCCGCCGCCGCAGGCGCAGACUCCCGGCUGCGCCGCCGCGGCUGGGGUCAGCGCCGUGCUCAGCCUGUCGUCCCGAGAGGCAGCGCCGCCGCCGGUCACGGUGGCCGCGGUGGCCGGCCCUGGCUGCACCGACGAGGGCAAGUACCUGGGCGUGUCGGCCACGUCGCAGGGGCAGAUGGUGAUGAGCUCCAAGUACCUAAAGGCCGCGCAGGAGCUGCUAGACGAGGUGGUGAGCGUCAGCAAGGGCGUCGAGGACGCCAACAAGACGACCAAGAGCCUGGCGGCGGUGAAGAAGAAGGAGGACUCGGAGGGCGUGUCCGGUGGCGGCACCGAUGACGGUUCCGGCGCAAAGAGCGGUGGCGGCGCGGCGGAGAUGUCCACCGCGGAGCGGCAGGAGCUGCAGAUGAAGAAGAGCAAGCUUAUCAACAUGCUUGACGAGGUGGAGCAGCGGUACCGGCAGUACCACGGGCAGAUGCAGGCGGUGUCGUCGUCGUUCGAGGCGGCGGCGGGCGCCGGGUCGGCGCGGACGUACACGGCGCUGGCGCUGCGCACCAUCUCGCGGCAGUUCCGGUGCCUGCGGGACGCGAUCGCGGCGCAGGUGCGCGCGGCGAGCCGAGCGCUGGGCGAGGACGCUGACGCCGCCGGGGGCCGCACCGUCGGGUCCCGCCUCCGCUACAUCGACCACCAGCUCCGGCAGCAGCGCGCGCUGCAGCAGCUCGGCAUGAUGCAGGGCGGCGCCUGGCGGCCCCAGCGUGGCCUCCCCGAGCGCUCCGUCUCCAUCCUCCGCGCCUGGCUCUUCGAGCACUUCCUGCACCCAUACCCCAAGGAUUCGGACAAGGUCAUGCUCGCCAAGCAAACCGGGCUCACCAGGAGUCAGGUGUCGAACUGGUUCAUCAACGCGAGGGUGCGGCUGUGGAAGCCCAUGGUGGAGGAGAUGUACCUGGAGGAGACCAAGGACCAGGACGGUGGCGGCGGCGGCAAUGACGAGGGAAGUCAGUCCGCGGUGCGCGUGGGAGGCGGCGGGGCGGCGGAGAGCGCGUCCACCAACAAGGGCAUCCAUGGCUCCUCCCUGCUCGAGCUCGGCGGCGGCGGCGACCACCAGCAGUCUCACGCGGGGUUCUACGACGACGAUGAAGACGACGGCGACGACGCGAUGGGGCGGAGGCUCAAGAAGGCGCGCGGGGACGAGCCGGCGCCGGCGUUCCACCACGUGCACGACAUGGCCGCGCUGCACGCGCAGGCCGCGGCGGCCGCGAGGCAGCAGCACGAGGAGGACGGCGGCGGCGGGUACUCGCUGUUCGCGCCGGGGCCGUACGGGCAGUUCGCCACGGAGCCCGCCGCCUUCGCGUUCGCCGGGAACGGCGGGGUGUCGCUGACGCUCGGCCUCCCGCACGGCGCUGGACGCAGCGCCGCCGAGCAGACCGCGUCGUUCCUCAUGGGCAGCACCACGGCCGGCGCCGACAGCGGCAGCCACGGCGGCGCCGGCGGCGGCUACGACAUAAACAUGCAGAGCACCAAGUCGUUCGCGGCGCAGCUCAUGAGGGACUUCGUGGCCUAG